CCAAAACAAACCGCUCUCGCCGAUCAAUAUUUGAGUUUUCUCUGAAGAAAAUUAAAGUUCAUAUCAUUUAAGUGAAUCGAGGAUGGAUUCCAAAUCGAUCAAAUCCAAAAAUGCGUCCCUAGUGUCCUACUAUAUUCUGUGCUUUCUCCGGGUGGCGAUGGUUUUCAUCCCGCAGGUGGGCUACAUCCAUCCGGAUGAGUUUUUCCAAUCCGUUGAAGUCGUUACCGGGGACGAAUACGGCCUGGAAGUGACCCGUACCUGGGAAUUUAACAGCACCUUUCCGAUCCGGUCGAUGGCGAUUCCGUUCUUUGGAAUGAAGCUGCCGUUCAGCUUUCUUCGGUUCCUGUCGAUGUAUACAAAGUUCCUGUUCGAUGUAAACCUCCGGGGAAGCUAUGUGACGUUGGUGUUUCCCCGCUUUCUGAUGGUGAUGCUUUCGUUCGUGAAUGAUUGGAGCUUGCAGAAGGUUUGCCAAGCUUAUGGGCUGCAGAGUCAGUUCCGGUUGAUGACGCUGGCCAGUUCGUAUGUUAUGUUGGUCUAUUCGACGAGGACGUUUACAAAUUGCAUUGAGAUGGCACUUUGUUCGUUGAUGUUGUACAUUGUGAGCGAUUGUAUGAUCCAUUCGAAUACGGUAAUUUACCAGAAGGAGUUUUUGGAGGAAAAGUAUCUCAAGGCGAAGAACACCGUGGAGAAGGUGAAGCUGUACAAGUUGAAGAUGUCCCUUCCGUCGCAUUCGCUGAAUAAGUGCGUUCUGAUGGCGACGCUUUGCGUCGCAGGCGUCUUCAAUAGGCCUACGUUUUUUCUCUUCGGUUUGCCACUGGUGUUCCAUUGGUUGCUGCGGGGAAUGGGAACCAGGACGGUGUCGUUUGCGGAUUUCAACGUGAGAAUAAUAACGUUUGUGAUUGCGUCGAUUCCAGCGCUUGUAUUCUUCAUCCUAGUUGAUUCGUUCUACUAUGGAUAUAUAACUCCGGCGGAAGUGGAACGACUGGACAUCAGUAUCAAUAAUUUCGUCGUGACUCCAUUGAAUUUCAUUCGAUACAACAUCAAUCCGGAGAACACAGAGAAACACGGAGUUCAUCCCUACUAUCUGCACUUGAUGGUCAACAUUCCCAUCCUGUAUAAUAUCCUGGGAGUUAUCGCCGUACUUUCUUUUAUGGUCAUGCUGCACCGCCUCGCUUCCAACGAAUACACUAGCCUCCCGCGAGCGCAAUCCUUCGUCGGACUUAUGCUUUCCGCAAUUUUCUUCCCCAUCGUCAUGCUAUCCUUCUUUAACCACCAGGAACCGAGAUUCUUGCUCCCGAUCACGCUUCCACUAAUCCUCCUUCAUGCUCCCAAGCUGAAAACCGGAUUCUGCUCAUCUUACCCUUUCCGAGAGCGUACUUAUCUUAAAGGCUUCCUGUACAACCACUUCCUAUGCACUCGCGUCAGCUCUCGGUAUCUUCUACGAGUCUGGUACUCAACCAACAUCGCCUUAACACUGUUCUACGGCUUCGUCCAUCAAGGAGGCGUAUACCAACUCGCCGAACACCUCAGUCGUCAACUCGAGAUCCGAUCGUCCGCCACUAACAUCCACCUGGCCACCAGCCACAUCUACAGCAUGCCGCAAUGCUUCCUCAACCAACCGAGCAGUAAUACGCUUCUAAUCAAUCCGGAAAAUGGUCAAAAGUACCGCCGUGGGAAGCGCUUCUUCCUCUAUGAAUACGGCAGCAUCAACCUGAACGAACUCUACUCCCGGCUAAAAGUGAUACUGGAUGCGUGUGAAAUGAAACAGUUCAGCUCCAACCAAAGAUACCUUCUGUACCUGGCCAUUCCCUCCAGCCUAUCCGAGGAACUGAACGAAGUCUUUCACAAUCGCUCCACCAUCCUGUUGAAGCACACCCAGAGCAAAGUGUUCUACCCGCACCUUUCGAUCGAGGCUAUGCCGAAACUCCAGGGCCAACACCUCUGCGGCAUCAACACCGAUGUGGACGAAAUCGGGGACACGUGCCCAAUCUACGCGUACGAAGACGAGCAGAAUCCAUUUUCGACGGCACGGAUCCUGAAGCAGUUCAGCUCGCUGGUGCACCAGUUUGGGUUGAUUCUGUACAAGAUUGAGGUGCGGAAGAAGAUUAAAUAACACCACGGUGGGGAACCGAUCAGCGCUACCGUUUGGAUGCGGAAGGACGUUCGCAGCUAGUCAUUUUCU